CCGACCCAGGGAUCGAACCCAAGUCUUCUGCAUUGCAGGUGGAUUCUUUACCAUCUGAGCCACCAGGAAAGCCCCUUCUUGGGGCAUCCACCCAUUUUUCAGGCCAACUUCUGGGUCUGGCUGCUCCAGCUGGUUUGGGUCUUAGGAAUGGCCCAGAGCUGUUUUUUUGUUUGUUUGUUUGUUUUAAUUCCCAGGGUCUUGGAUUUGGGUGUGGCCAGGUCCCUGAAGGAAGGGGCUGAUCCCACUGAGGUAGUUGGCCAGCUGUGUGUGAGGCUGGCCCAGACCCCUAAGCCCCAGUCCAGGUUUUUUCCAUGACCCAGCUCUUCCCAGAGAGCUUCCUGAAAACAAGUCCUGAGAGGCACUGACUGUCCUCUGUGCUGCCCCGCUGGCCGGCCCCUUAUAGCCAGUGUGAGGGACGGGAAACAGCUGCUUCAGGACGUAUGCAGAAUCUGACCAGAUGAGUUUUUAAUGAGCCCAAGAAGGGCUUCCAACUCUCGCCUUCCUCUUCUGAAUGUGCACACUCCACCCCUUUGAGCGUCAGUUUCUAAUUUCUUCCAGGGACUGACAUAAACCUCCUCAGGUCUGGAAAGCACCGGCCCCUGCCCUGCCCCCAGAUGCUCUGGUUCCCUCAUCACCAUCCCCUUUUCUUUUGAUGCCCUUCCCGCCCAGCAGGCUGAGGAGGCCUGGCACAGGAGGGCCCCCACAGUCAUUCAUUCCAAAUUUUCAAGGCCACUUGAGGGAGGAGGGAGGAGAGGACCUGUGUGUGUGGCGGGGAGAGGGGGGAGGUUGGGGGAUGGAGAGGAGCAAUUGGGUUUGUUUACUCAUGCAGAGUCCAGAUACACCCUAGAGGCACAGCCAGAGGGGCAGGUUCAGUCCUACCCACCCUCACCCCUCUGGGGGCCUUUUUCAGGGUGUGAAAAAGGUGGCGGCUACUCCGGGAAACAUGGCCAAGUUUGCCCUGAAUCAGAACCUGCCGGACCUGGGCGGCCCUCGCCUGUGCCCCAGCGCGACUGGGGGCGCCCGCAGCCCGAGCUCGCCCUAUUCGGUGGAGACCCCCUACGGCUUCCACCUGGACUUGGACUUCCUCAAGUAUGUGGAGGAGCUGGAGCGCGGCCCCGCCGCCCGCCGCGCUGCGGGGCCGCCGGGCGCACUCUCCCCCGGUGCGCCGUCCGCGCUGAUGCUGCCGCCGCUCUCCCCGCGCGCACCCGUGCGCAACCCGCGCGUCGAGCGCACGCUCCUGGAGACCAGCCGGCGGUUGGAGCUAGCGCAGGCACAAGAGGGCGCGCCCAGCCCGGCCCGCGCGGCCCCGCGCAGCCCGCGCGGGUCUGGCCACAGCAGCCCCGCCCCCAACCCGGCCCUGGCCUCGCCGGGCCCCGCGCAGCUGCAGCUGGUGCGCGAGCAGAUGGCCGCGGCUCUGCGGCGCCUGCGCGAGCUCGAGGAACAAGCGCGCGCGCUGCCGGAGCUGCAGGAGCAGGUUCGCGCGCUGCGCGCCGAGAAGGCGCGGUUGCUGGCCGCGCGCCGGCAGCCGGAGUCCGACGGGGAGGCCGAGGCGCGCCCGGACAAGCUUGCUCAGCUGCGGCGGCUCACCGAGCGCCUGGCCACCUCUGAGCGCGGCGUUCGCACCAGGGCCAGCCCCGGGGCUGACGGCCCGGACGGGUCGGCUUCUAGCCACAGCGAGGGUGCGCCACCGGUCCUCGACCGGGCGCCCCAGACACGGGAGGCAGGUACCCAGAUCGUGCCGGAGACCCAAAAGGUGGGAGUCCAGGCGGUGCCGGAGACCCAGGAGGCCGGCGUGGGGGCAGCUCCUGAGACCCUCGAGGCGGAGGCGUGGGUGACGGAGGCUCUGCUGGGGCUGCCCGCGGCCGCCGAGCGCGAGCUGGAGCUGCUUCGCGCCAGCUUGGAGCAUCAGCGCGGGGUGAGCGAGCUCCUGCGGGGCCGGCUGUGCGAGCUGGAGGAAGCCCGCGAGGCUGCUGAGGAGGCCAAGGCCGAGGCCGCGGCGUCCCGGCCCCAGCCGUGCGAGGCUACCACCCAGACCCCAUGGGAUUAUGUGGAGAAGACCACACAGACCGAUGCUCCAUUGGAGGCCCCGGCCCCGAUGCCGGAGAACCCGCCCGGAUCCACGGAUGGGGAUAGGGCCGUGGCACCCGCGGGCACCCUCAAAUCCAUCAUGAAGAGGAAAGAUGGUACACCUGGUGGCCAAACCAGCCCCGGACCAAAGAGCCUGCAGUUUGUUGGGGUCCUCAAUGGAGAGUACGAGAGCUCAUCCAGCGAGGGCGACAGCGAGGAUGGCGCUGCCGAGCCCACGAGGAGCAGUUCCUCGGGCGACGACAGCGGCGCGGCAUCCGACUCUGAGACCCCUGGCGCUCCCAGCGGCAAGGAGGACCGGGGCGCCGAGCCGGAGGCAGAGCAGGAACCUCAGCCGGGUGCCCAGGGGAGGUGCGAGCUGAGCCCGCGUUUGAGGGAGGCGUGUGCAGCGCUGCAGCGGCAGCUGAGCCGGCCCCGCGGGGUCCCCCGCGACAGUGGUGCGGCGCGCCUGGUGGCCCAGGAGUGGUUUCGGGUGUCGAGCCAGCGGCGCUCUCAAGCGGAGCCCGUGGCCGGGGUGCUGGGCGCGGUGGCGCGCCUGGGGCGGGAGCUGCUGGAGCACGUGGUGAACCUGGCGGAUGGCAACGGGAACACAGCGCUGCACUACAGCGUGUCCCACGGGAACCUGGCCAUCGCGAGCUUGCUGCUGGAUACGGGAGUCUGCAAGAUUGACCACCAGAAUCGAGCUGGCUACUCCGCCCUCAUGUUGGCGGCACUCACCUCUGUGGGGCGAGAGGAGGACAUGGCUGUGGUCCAGAGACUCUUCCACAUGGGCAACGUUAACGCCAAGGCCAGCCAGACGGGACAGACAGCCCUCAUGCUGGCCAUCAGCCACGGCCGUCAGGACAUGGUAGCUGCCCUGCUGGCGUGUGGGGCGGACGUGAAUGUGCAAGAUGCAGAUGGGGCCACGGCGCUGAUGUGCGCCAGCGAGUAUGGGCGCCUGGACACUGUGCGGUUGCUUCUGGCCCAGCCAGGCUGCGACCCUGCCCUCCUGGACAACGAGGGCACCAGUGCCCUGGCCAUUGCCCUGGAGGCUGAGCAGGACGAGGUGGCCGCUCUGCUGCACACCCACCUGAGCUCAGGCCAGCCUGGCCCCCAGCUAUCCCCCGAUUCAUCCACGGCCACGCCUGGUGAAGGAGGCUGCAGUGACAGUGGAGAGGACACCCUGCCCCUGUGACUGGCCUAGCACACUGGACCCAGAUGGGGGGUGGGGGUUCCUGAUCCCUGGGCAGAGGUCUGUAGCCAGAGGCUCAGCUUGAACUGCAAAGGGUGAGCAUGCAGCUGAGGGAGUGACGCAGCCCCUGUCUACCCACUCCUCUAGCUUUCUUCCCUAAUAAAACCUUCCUAACUCA